GGAGCUGCACUUUCCUUAUCCUUUAAAACCUGACAGUCCUAACAACUCAGCCUGAAAUCUGGGAUGCUGCUUUGAUCAACAAUAACUUCCAGUUCCUUUUUCAGUCACAUAACAGUUAUGUGAAGAGCCCUGGGAAAUUUAAAAAUAAGGACACAUCAUGAAAGACUUGUGAGUUAAGUCUCAUCCUUCUCCAUGAAAAUACAGCUAAGGAAGAACUCAGAAAACAUAGGAAAUAGAAAAAUAUUUCCUCUGGUCACAGACAUUGAUUCUUAAGAUAUGCCUGUUUUGCCUAACCUCAGGAUAAUCAGUGGGAAAAGAUUUCCAUCAUAAAUUCAACUUCCUUAGAUAUCUGAGAAUUGAUAUUGGAGAGAAACCAUAUGAAUUUAGUGAAUGUGGAAAAGCUUUCAUCUAUGUGACACGUCAAGAAAUACUAAAGAAGUCUUAUUGGAGAAAAUAUCUGCAUGAUAACAAUGUUGAAAAGCCUUCAGACUGAAUCAGAUCUCCUUCAGUAUGAUCAAAUUCACAUCAGAGAGAAACCCUGUGAGUGUAAUGAAUGUGGAAAAACCUUUAGCCUGGAGCAAAACCUCAUAGAGCAUAAGAAAAUGCACCCAAGAGAGAAAUCGCAUGAAUGUCAUGAAUGUGGUAAAGUAUUCUCUCAAGUCUCAUCCCUUACUCUACAUUUGAGAAGUCAUACAAGAAAGAAACUAUAUAAAUGCAGUAAAUGUGAAAAGGCCUUUAGCCAGAAGGGAAACUUCCUUUCUCAUCAGAAACAUCAUACUGAAGAGAAACCUUAUGAAAAUGGGGGAGCUUCUAUUCAGAUGCCAGGUCUCAUUAAGCACCAGAGAAAUCAUUCUCAGAACAAAUCGUAUGCAUGUAAGGAGUGCGGGAAAGCCUUCAAUGGCAAAUCAUAUCUCACUGAGCAUGAGAAAAUUCAUACAGGGGAGAAACCAUUUAUAUGUGAUCAAUGUGGAAGGGCCUUUAGCCAGAAACAAUACCUCAUUAAACAUCAGAAUAUUCAUAGUGGAAAGAAACCCUUUAAAUGUAAUGAAUGUGGAAAAGCCUUUAACCAAAAGGAAAACCUCAUUAUCCAUCAAAGAAUACAUACUGGAGAGAAACCUUAUGAAUGUAAAGGGUGUGGGAAAGCUUUCAUCCAGAAAUCAAGCCUCAUUAGACACCAGAGAAGUCAUACAGGAGAGAAACCCUAUGUAUGUAAGGAAUGUGGGAAAGCGUUCAGUGGUAAAUCAAAUCUCACUGAGCAUGAGAAAAUUCAUAUUGGAGAGAAACCCUAUAAAUGUAAUGAAUGUGGAACAAUCUUUAGGCAGAAGCAAUACCUCAUUAAACAUCACAAUAUCCAUACAGGAGAGAAACCUUAUGAAUGUAAUAAAUGUGGAAAAGCCUUUUCUCGAAUUACAUCACUUAUUGUACACGUGAGAAUCCACACAGGUGAUAAACCUUAUGAAUGUAAAGUAUGUGGGAAAGCCUUCUGUCAAAGCUCAUCUCUUACUGUGCAUAUGAGAAGCCAUACAGGUGAGAAGCCCUAUGGUUGUAAUGAAUGUGGAAAAGCUUUCUCUCAGUUCUCAACUCUUGCUCUACAUAUGAGAAUCCAUACUGGAGAAAAGCCUUAUCAGUGUAGUGAAUGUGGGAAAGCUUUUAGCCAGAAGUCACACCAUAUUAGACACCAGAGAAUUCAUAUUCACUAAAGUUCUAUGAAUUCCUUGAACUUAGAAAACCUUCAACAGAAUUCAUAUUUGUAGUAUAUCAGAAAAUCCAUCUUACAAUAAAGUGACAUGAACAUGGAAAAUCCUUCAAUACUCUAACUUAAAAUACUGAGAUUGUAAAUAAAAAGUAUAGUGUUAAGAAAACUUAUACCUCCAGAGCCAACACAACAAACAUUGUUAAUGCUGUACUUCUUAGGAGCAUUCUCAUUGAAGUAAAAAUCCAGUCAUGGACACCAAUCAGUGUGGUUCUGGAAGGCCUACCUGAUGCAUUAAGACAAAAGAUUUAUAAUUAAGAGAAAAAACUGUCAUGUUAUAUGUUUUGCUAUAUGGGUAAUCAUCAAUUAUUUGCUCUUUUCCAGUCAUUAAAAAAUAGAUUAUGACAGAAUAUUGUAUCCUGAAAUAUAUGCAUGUCUUUAUGAGGAAUUGGUAAUUGACAGAUGUGUAUCACAGGUUGGUAGGGAAAUCAUGCGUGAGUCAAAAGUGGACUCAGAGUAAUUGACUCUUGAUAUGGAAAAGUAUUAAGGUAUUUGCUGUCAUCAUACAUUAAAAUAUUUACUUAUUAUGAAAUCCAAUAAUAUUGAAGACUAGAAUGCAAAAUGUGAAACAGUAAUAUAAGAGCUUUAUAGGAGAAUGUUUUUAAAACCUUGGAGUAGGAAAGAAUUUCUAAAAUUUAUUCCAGAAUACUCACUCUUGAGUAUAUAUACAUAUACCCAAGAAACAUAGUAUGUACCCAGGGAUUCGUGUACCUCAAUAUUCAUUGGAUCAUAAAUUAUAUUAGCAAAAUAUUGGAAACAAAUGUCUGUCUCUUGUGAAAUGGUUGAAUAAAAUGAUAGUCACACAGUAGAGUAUUUUCUAGUAGUUAAGUACAAGUUAAAUAUAUUUAACAAGGAAACAUCUGAAAAAGUAUAUAGAGUGAAGAAAAAAAUAUCCGUGUAAAUUUGAAUUAAGUCACUACUAACCAACACCAGUAUUAAGCAUUGGUUAUGGAUGGACAUUUUGAUGUAAAACUGUGAAGAAUGGAUUGUAAGGAUACACAUUCAGUUCCCAAAAGUGGUUGCCCCCAGAAAGAAAGGUAGUGGAAGGGAAGUGGGAUCAAGCAUGGUAGUUAAAGAGUACUUCAGUUUUGUAUCUAAACAUCUAUCCUUAAAAAGAAAUAAAAAUUCCAUGUAACCAUAACAAAAUGUUAGUUAAUUCUGGGUUGUGGCAA